UGUGUGUGUGUGAGUUCUGGUGAUGUGGAGGAGAUAACAGUGGUGAUAGGGCAGGGUCCGCACGAGCCCGCGAGCGAGCAGUCAGGCAGCGUGUGAGUGUGACUCGUUUUCGUGUUUGUUUUCGCAGCGCGAUGAGCUGAGCUCGUGCAGCCUCGCGCGCCGGAUCCGUCGAGCUGGUGUUGUGGUGAACAUGGUCUCGCGCAGCGCGGAUCGUCGAGGACUUCCCUCUCCUCCUCCUGCGGCUCUCCGACGCGUCGUGCGGCAACUUCAACUCCUCCGCGUCGUCGUGCUGCGCGGAGAGGCGCGCGGGCUCUCGGAGCCACGGCUCACCGAGAGCACUCACUUUUGAACGGACAAACAGCGCGCGCGCGCGUCGUGACUCGAGGCUGGAACGAGCGCGUGGCCGCUGACUUGACAGCAACAACAAACCGGCUGGGCAGCGGCGCUAGCGCUGCAGGACCAUUUACCUACGUGUUUUUACAUUUUUAACUAAUUAUUCACAACUUUUUUUAAUGAAUCUAGGAUUUUCAUCUUUUUUUUAACAUCUGAGUGAAGAACAGAACAGUGAUUUAUUUCGUUAUUAUUAUUUUAUAUAUAUUUUUUAUUAUUCUGCGCGGAGGAAUGUCUAAAACUCGUUUGCAGAAGAAACUGGAACUGAAGUGACUGGAGGAGCGUUUUUACUGUUUUUCUUCUCUUUUCUUUUCCUCCUCCUCCGUAGAAGAAGAAGGGGAGGAUGAACCCGGAGCCGGAGUGCGUCUCUCUGCCGGUUCCGUGUCGCGAGGACUGCUCGCGCCCCGCCGUGCCCGCCGCCGGCACCUUCUGGCAGGACGCGUCCUCGGCGGUGGCGGCGGCGGCGGCGGGGGUCAUUGCGGGAUGCCCCGCGGAGAGCGGACUCGGAGCCGGGCUCGGGGGGCUGCUUACACCGGGGAAGUGCAAAAACCGGCGGGCGAGUGUGGCUUACGUGCUGAACUCGGAGACGGGAGCCGAGAGCAUGGCCCUGCAGUGCCUGCGGGACGCCUGCGAGGCCGUGGGCACCGCGCUCGAGAUCGUGCUCUUCGGGAAGCUGGACUUCGGAGAGACGGCCGUACUCGACCGCUUUUACAACGCAGACAUUGCUGUGGUAGAGAUGACUGAUGCCUUCAGGCAGCCGUCCUUGUUCUAUCACUUGGGCGUGAGGGAGAGUUUCAGCAUGGCCAACAACAUCAUCCUGUACUGCGACUCCAACUCUGACUCGCUGCAGUCUCUACAGGAGAUUGUGUGCCAGAAAAACACUACAUGUGCAGCUAACUACCUGUUCAUCCCGUACAUGGUGACCCCUCAGAAUAAGGUGUACUGCUGUGAGAGCAGUCUGAUGAAAGGACUCAGUGAGCUGAUGCAGCCCAGCUUCGAGGCUCUGCUUGGACCCAUCUGCAUGCCCCUGCUGGACCGGCUUAUACAGAUUCUCACUGUAACACAGACCAGCUCAUGCCAGUACUUCCGGGAGACGAUACUCAACGAGAUCCGCAAAGCGCGGGAGCUGUACACGGGGGCGGAGCUAGCGGCGGAGUUGGGGAGGAUCCAGCAGCGAUUGGACAAUGUGGAGUGCCUGUCAGCUGACAUUGUGAUCAAUCUCCUCCUGUCCUACAGAGAUAUACAGGAUUAUGAGUCCAUUGUGAAGCUUGUUGAAACUCUUGAAAAGCUCCCAACGUUUGACCCCGUGGCAAAUCCUCAUGUGAAGUUCCACUAUGCUUUUGCUCUAAACAGGAGAAAUCAGCCUGGAGACAGACCGAAGGCUCUGGAUAUAAUGCUGCCACUGGUGGAGAGUGAGGAGCAGGUAGCCUCUGAUAUUUACUGUCUGGUGGGGCGCAUCUAUAAGGACAUGUUCCUGGACUCACAUUUCACUGACACUGAGAGUAGAGACAGCAGCAUACAGUGGUUCAGAAGAGGUUUUGAAUCGGAGCCCACUCUUCACUCUGGCAUCAACUACGCAGUGCUUUUGCUGGCUGCAGGCCACCAGUUCGACUCUUCCUUUGAGCUGCGUAAAGUAGGUGUGAAGUUGAGCAGUCUGCUGGGAAAGAAGGGCAGUCUGGAUAAGCUGCAGAGCUACUGGGACGUGGGCUUCUUUUUGGGAGCGAGCAUACUGGCUUGUGACAACACGAGGGUCAUUCAGGCCUCCGAAAAGCUUUUCAAGCUUAAAGCUCCUGUCUGGUACCUCUGCUCAUUGGUUGAGACCAUUCUAAUCUAUCAGCACUUUAGAAAACCUUCCUCUGAGCCGCCGGGACCCAGGCAGGAGCUCGUGGACUUCUGGAUGGACUUUAUGGUAGAGGCCACCAAAAAGGAUGUGUCCUCUGUCCGCUUUCCUGUUUUGAUACUGGAACCCACUAAAGUUUACCAGCCCUCAUACCUGUCGAUCAACAACGAUGUGGAGGAGAACACCCUCUCCAUCUGGCACGUGGCUCCUGAUGACAAAAAUAAGGGCAUCCAUGAGUGGAAUUUCAGUGCAGCAUCUGUGCGGGGGGUGAGCAUUUCCAAGUUUGAUGAGCGCAGCUCGUUCCUCUACGUAGUGAACAACUCUGAGGAUUUUCAGAUUUACUUCUGCACUGAGAUGCACUGCAAAAGGUUCUGUGAGCUGGUGAACAGUCUCACAGAGGAAACAUGGCGAGGUCCUGAUGAGGCAGAGUGUGAUUCGGAGGCAUUAGAGUACGAUUAUGAACAUGACGAGCAUGGAGAGAGAGUAGUUCUGGGAAAAGGCACCUUCGGAGUGGUGUACGCGGGCCGUGACCUCAGUAACCAGGUCCGCCUAGCCAUCAAGGAGAUUCCUGAGCGGGACAGCAGGUACUCACAGCCCCUGCACGAGGAGAUCGCUCUGCACAAGCACUUGAAGCAUAAAAACAUUGUGCAGUACCUGGGCUCCAUCAGUGAGAAUGGGUUCAUCAAGAUCUUUAUGGAGCAGGUGCCUGGAGGCAGCCUGUCAGCACUUCUGAGAUCCAAAUGGGGCCCACUGAAAAACAAUGAGCCGACCAUUGGGUUUUACACCAAACAGAUUCUGGAGGGGCUCAAAUAUCUGCACGACAACCAGAUCGCUCACAGAGACAUCAAGGGUGACAAUGUGCUGAUAAACACCUACAGUGGAGUUCUGAAGAUUUCUGACUUUGGCACGUCGAAGCGUCUGGCUGGCAUUAACCCCUGCACAGAGACCUUCACUGGCACGCUGCAGUACAUGGCUCCUGAGAUCAUAGACAAAGGCCCUCGGGGGUACGGCAAACCAGCAGAUAUCUGGUCUCUGGGCUGCACCAUUAUAGAGAUGGCCACUGGCAAACCCCCAUUUUACGAGUUGGGAGAACCGCAGGCGGCCAUGUUUAAGGUGGGAAUGUUUAAAAUCCAUCCGGAAAUCCCGGACUCCAUGUCGUCUGAAGCCAAGGCGUUCAUUCUGCGCUGCUUUGAACCAGACCCAGACCUCCGUGCUACGGCCAACGAGCUGCUCACCCACGAAUUCCUCACUGUUACCUCACGCAAGAAAAAAGCCAAGGGCAACAACUUUACAGCAUUGUCUCCAGGAACUGCAGAAUACCUCCGCAGCAUCUCCUUACCCGUCCCUGUGGUAGUGGAGGACACAAGCAGCAGCAGUGAGUACGGCUCCGUCUCCCCCGACAACGAGCUGAACACCAACCCCUUCCUCUUCAAGCCCAGCACCAAGUGCUACAGCGAGAGAGAGGUCAAAGGUCAUCGCUCGCUCUUCCUCAGUAUCCCAGUGGAGCAGUUUGAGGACCACAGUGCUCCUCCAUCCCCGGAGGAGAAGGACGCUGGCUUCUUCAUGCUUAGAAAAGACAGUGAGCGGAGAGCUACUCUGCACCGCAUCCUCACAGAGGACAAGGACAAGAUCGUUAUCAACCUGCAGGAGGCGCUCACGCAGGGCUCUGAGGAGACUAAGCUAAAGCAUGAGCACAUUUCUGCGCUGGUGGCCAGCCUGGGUGAAUUUGUGCGCAUGGCCGACAGAAAGAUCAUUGCCAACACGCUUUCUCAGCUCAAACUAGAGCUGGACUUCGACAGCACUGCUAUCAGCCAGCUGCAGGUGGCGCUGUUUGGCUUCCAGGAUGCGCUGAACAAAGUGCUAAGAAAUCACAAUAUCAAACCUCACUGGAUGUUUGCCCUGGAUAACAUCAUCCGUAAGGCUGUGCAGACUGCCAUCACCAUCUUGGUGCCAGAGCUCAGGCCUCACUUUAGUUUGGCAUCUGAGAGCGACGCAGCCGAUCAGGAAGAUGAUGAUGACGACGAUGAUGCUGUACCUCAUGGAAGCCCCACGCACAAAAACAGGGCCCCACCUACAGCAAGCCACGAUGACACGGUGGCUACGUCUGGAGUGAGCACGCUCAGUUCCACUGUUUCCCAUGAAUCCCACACAGCACAGCACUCUGUAAGCAUGGAGCUCGGCCGCAUGAAGCUGGAGACCAACAGGCUGCUGGAGGAGCUGCUGGAGAGGGAGAGGGAGUAUCAGUGUGUCCUGCAGCAAAUUCUGGAUGAGAAGGAGCAGGAGAUUAAACUACUGAAGAUGCGCUCUGAGCCCAUCGAUGUUGCUACUCCUUCAGUGAGUACAGAGAGUUCGAUUGGAGGAGAGAGCGACCCCGAGCUGCUCAAAUGGCUCAGAUUACACGGAGCUGAUGCUGACUCUAUAGACAGGAUUGUAGCGGAGGAAUAUACUCUGGACGACUUUCUACAUUGUGUCACCAGGGACGACCUGAAGAGCCUGAGGCUAAAGGGUGGAAUCCUCUGUAAACUCUGGAAAGCCAUCAGAGAACACAGGGAGAAGCCUGACUGAGUUGAGAUCCACCAGUCCACCCUCUACUGCACUUUACUCUGGUGUGUUACAGACCAAAACCCUGCGCCAAAAACAACACCCAUGUACGAAUGCUCAAGUACAGAACUGUCCAGAAGAAGCUGGAACCCUGACCAAUCGAGAAAUGUGGUCCACACAGACAUUUCAUUGCCUCUCUGACGCUGAUCUGACUUAUAAUACACUGGUAGCCAAACAUCCUGGGGACCUUUCAGUUCAGAUGUACACAAUUGCACUGUAAAUAGAACGUGGUGUGUUUAAUUGUUGUUGUUGGAGUUCUAUGGAAGGCUGUGUGUGGAACAAACCUCUACACAAAAAAUAUACAAUACUAGCUGACAUGGUGUGGUGUGGCACGGUGCUUCUUCACAGAAGAAAACUAUGAAUUAUUUGUUGUUUAUUUGUUUACAAACACAGAGACUGAGACUGAGCAUCGCCCCGAAACCCAGACGAUGCUUUUUCAAACUUUCCAGAAGUUUAUGUUAUAUGUUUAAGCUUGUAUUUCACACAUUUCACAAUGUCUUCAUCCUCAACACUAUGGGUUUUUUGUAUGGUUGUUGUCGUCUCUCGGGACUUUAUCUGCUUUUUGCUUGUUUGUACACCUUUUGGAGACUUUGUAUACAUUUCCCUUUAAAUCGCAGGGUUGGAAAUGCUUGUUACUGUCGUUUUACUACUUCGGCUUUUGUACUGGUUCGUGUCUUUAGCUAAGUAUAUAUAUAAUAUAUGAUAAAUGCUGCAUAUGUUACACAACUUCCAUCAACUCGUACCAAGUUCAGUCAUGUAGAAUCCUUCUCCGUUUAACACCUUUUUUUUUUAUUUGUACCGUAUCCUUGAAUAGUUGUGACAAUUUCCAAAUUCAGAUUCUUAAAAUAUUACGAAAAGAGAGGUUUGGCUUUGUUUUAAUUGGAAUUCGUUGUCAUAACUACCGUUUAAUUAAUGCAUACCUUCAUAUAGUAUCUACUGUAUCAUAGAUUUAUGGCCUUUCCACACUUAUGCCCAAUCAUCAUGCAAAGCAGUUUCAUUUAGUAAAUAUCAUAUUUACUAAUUUCACUGAAUCUGAACCUCCUUUUAUUUAAACAGUCCUCUUAUUUGAUAUCAAAUGUAUUUAAUCAUCAUCAACUAAUGAGAUUAUUUGUUUAAUGUUAUGUAAAAUGACAAUCCUCAGAAUUAACUGUGAAAUUAAAGUGUGACCUGAUAAACA